CCCGCCAAGCGAAAUUCAAACUCCGCUUGGCGGGACAUGCCCCUUUGCCGCGCCCAUGUAAUAAGUCUGGUCUCAUUCCGACGAUCCAUUCUACUUCUCAGCAGAAUAUGGCCGCUGAUUCACAUGUCAUUGGGAAGUGCUUAUAAACCCCGAAGCCGACUGGAGGGCUGCAAGAAUGCCUUCGUUCAGUCUGCGGACCGGGGUGAGUUUCAGCUACACGGACAGUGGAGCACCCCGGAACCAACAGACGGACUAUGUGACGCUCAUCCUCCUGCAUGGGAUCAUUUUCCACAACGGAACAUUUGCUUCGCUUGCGGCGAUCGGCCCUUCGAACGGGGUCCGCGUCAUCGCCAUCAAUCGCCGUGGUUACCCAGGCACGACGCCUUACUCGGCGGAGGAGCUGGCUCUAUUCGUUAGCGGAAACGAGGAUGACAAGGAGCGGCUGCUGGCGGAUAUGGGGCGGGAUCUGGCGCUGCUGAUUGCUGAAUUGAUUACCUCGCUCUCCCUCCCGGCCUACGUUGCGGUGGUGGAAUGGUCUCUCGGAUCUCUCCAAGUGCUGUCGCUUGUGGCAUCCAUAGAAACAUUACCGCAAGACGCGCGUGGGACUCUCACGAGGUCGGUGCGCAGUAUGAUCCUUUUCCAGAGCCCAAGCGUUAUUUUUGGCGUAGCAGAUCCGCAAGGGUUAUAUAUCCCUCAAAACGAUCCUCAUAUUCCCGCCAAUGAGUUGGGAACCUUUUUCUCGCGUUGGGUCUCAAGCUUCUUCGUGCACGGAGAUCUAUCAACACGCGACGCAUGUGCUCUGACAUACGACCGUACGGACCCCCACCGCCUACCUACGACUGCUCGGAUUCCAAUGAACCACUUGACUGAUUUUGCUGCGGGCUUCAAGUACGACGCCACCCUUAUCUCCUCGUCUUUCAGUGGCGUAGCCGCAAAGUUGGUUGACAAAACGUUGUUUGACGUGCACGUGCGUGGCGAGCUGUUGAAGGACACAAGGUUCUUCGUGUUGUCUAGUUCCGCGGAUUCUUGGACCACGAUUUACGCCUCUUGGAAGCUGGAGGAGCGAAUGCUUGCCGAGGCGAAGCCAGAAUGUUCGAUCACAUUCAAGAUGGUCGAGGGCGCCAACCAUUUUUUCAUGAUCGAGGAUCCACAGGGUACAAUAGACUGCUUCAUGCGAUGUUGCGCGUAGAUUGAACGAAGCGUAGAUAUAUGUACGUGAGCGUGGGGAGCAGUGUAUGGAAGCCGUGUACCAUCAACAAAUUCAAACUCCG